AUGACCCAUGCUGAGCUGGAUGAGAAUAUGGAACCUUCAACACAUCCUGGCCACACCAAGAUGAGCCCGCAAUUAAAGAAAAGACGAUAUGAAAACAGCGGUUCCUUGUCUAUGCCCCAGAGAAUUCCACUUCGAGCCCAUGCUUCGGUACGUCUCAGAAAAGGAAUAGCCUUCUCUACAGCUUUCGAAAAGCUUAGUUUGCUCGAAAAUAACCUUAAAAGCCUUCCAAAGAUUCUCAACUGGAGAACGUUUGCUCUGACUGAUCUCGAGUUAUCAGAAUUGUUCAGUUCCGUCUCGAUAGGAUGUUGCUCACAACCUGAGGGUGCUGACAUCACAGAAGGAUUCAAGAAGAUUCAUUUGAGUGAGACUAAUGUACAUUUCUAUCGGCCUUGUGAAGAUGGGGCGUUGGCUCAACAGGUUGCAGUUAACGGAGAUGACGACGAAGCUGCUGUAGGCUCUCAACUCUGGAACUUGCCCUGCAUAGAGUUCGAGAGCAUCUGGGAGAAUUUGAUUUAUGACACCAACUUAAAGAAUGAUGUCAUGUCUUACGUGUAUUCGCUGGUUCUACUUUCUGAAAAAGGAGCCAGAAUGACAGUUAUUAAUGUAAAUCGACUCAUAUUACUUUUGGGUCCUCCUGGAACAGGAAAAACGUCAUUGUGUAAAGGAUUAUCUCAGCUUCUAUCAAUUCGUAUGAAUAAGCGUUACCCUCGUUCAGUGAUGUUCGAAAUCAACAGCCACAGUUUGUUUUCUAAAUGGUUUUCUGAGAGUGGCAAGCUCGUGAUGAAGAUGUUCGAUCAAAUCGAUGAAAUGUCUGAAGACAAAAAGUGUAUGGUCUUUGUGCUGAUUGAUGAAGUUGAGUCAUUGGGAAUGGCCAGAGAAUCAUCCGCGUCACGAGGAGAUCCAGCUGAUUCUAUCAGAGCUGUUAAUGCCUUGCUGACUCAAAUAGAUCGCAUUAGAAGAAGAGAAAAUGUUCUUGUGCUAUGCACAUCUAACCUCGAAGAUUGCCUUGAUAGAGCUCUUCUUGAUAGAGCGGAUAUGAUUCAGAAUGUCGGAAGACCUACCCAACGAGCUUUGUUCUCUAUCCUAUCUGACUGUAUCAGUGAAUUACAAAGGAUCAACAUAGUGGAGAAUGACUAUGUCAUCCGCAGUGGGGAAAGUCCAGACUGUGACGAGUAUUCGCAGAAGUUAUGGAACAUUGCCGAAAAAGCGUUAGGAUUGAGUGGAAGAUCAAUCAGACAAGUUCCAGCUCUCGCUUGUUCCAAAGCUUAUACGGAUUUCAUGACCUUGGAAGAAUGUCUGAACUAUUUUGAAGAAGCCGUAACCGAGAAAUUGAGAAAAGCUUAA